AUGUCAACCUGUCCACACGUGUCAUCAGCAUCGCUCAGCCCGCCUCGCCCCAACCAAUCUGUCUACAGAGAAGACUGCACACUCUGCUUCGAUAGCAUCGACUCGCCCGAAGGCCUCGACGUUUGCCUGCAUUGCUUCAACGGAGGAUGUUCCACUGAACGUCAACAUGGCGCAAAGCACGCCCGAGAAACAAGCCACCCGCUGGCCCUCAACAUCAAGCGUACACGCAAGCAGAAGCACAGAGAUGAGCCGCCACAGAAGAUGUCCAAGCUGGCCAUCAACGCAGAAACCGAACAAGACCGCUUCGACACUGUCUCGACCGUCAAAUGCCUCGAGUGUGGCGAAACCGAUCUGGACAAGAGUCAGGGAAAUUUAGCAGCCGUGGUCGACGGUGUGCUCAAGGCAAACACUUUCGCAAAGCAAGAGGAGGUCAAGGCCUGGGAGCAGGAGAUGGUUCCGUGUGAGCACACUCUCUGUCUGGAACAAGAGUCUGCUCGACAGAUUCAUUCCCAGUCUUUGGGCCACUGUUCACAGUGCGAUCUCAACCAGAAUCUGUGGCUCUGUCUCACUUGCGGUAACCUGGGUUGUGGAAGAGCUCAGUUUGGUGGUGUUGGAGGCAACUCGCACGGAGUGGCGCAUACCGGUUCUACAGGCCACCCUGUCGCUGUAAAGCUGGGUUCUUUGACUGCUGAUGGCAGUGCCGAUAUCUACUGCUACGCCUGCAACGAAGAACGUACCGAUCCCGAACUUGUCGCUCAUCUGGCUCAUUGGGGCAUUGACAUUGCUGGUCGUGAGAAGACGGAGAAGAGUUUGACAGAGAUGCAGCUUGAGCAAAAUUUACGCUGGGAGUUUAGCAUGACCAAUGAAGAUGGCAAGGAGCUCAAGCCUAUGUGUGGUCCUGGUCUCACUGGUCUGAAGAAUCUUGGAAACAGCUGCUACCUUGCAAGUGUCGUCCAGAGCUUGUUUGCCAUGCCCGAGUUCGCCCAGAGAUACUACAAACCUGACGAGCAACUACCACCCACAUCAAACCCCGCCGAGGAUCUUGAGAUUCAGCUUCGCAAAAUGGCAGAUGGUCUCCUGUCAGGACGCUAUGCAAUUCCCAACUCAGAUGUCAUCGCUUCGGAAGACACGACAGAACAACCACAUCAAAAAGGCCUGGCUCCUGCCAUGCUCAAGCACCUUAUCGGCAGAGGUCACGAAGAAUUCUCCACUAUGCGCCAACAAGAUGCUUUUGAAUUCUUGCUCCAUCUUCUCAAGCUCGUCUCUCGUUCGCAACGUGCAGCAAAGGAGAACUACAAGGACGUUUCGGAUCCCGUUGAUGCUUUCAGAUUCGUCAUGGAGCAAAGGCUGCAGUGUCUGAACUGCAACAAGGUUCGCUAUCGCCAAGACGAGGUCGAAAACAUCUCCGUCGCAGUACCCAUCAAGCGUUUGUCAAAAGAUACCAAGAUGGAAGGUGUAACUCCUGGCCCUGAUGGCUCUGCGGAGAAGGAGGUCGAAGAAUUUGAGUCUGUGACUCUUCAGCGCUGCCUAGACGACUUCACUGCCGCAGAAGUGGUUGAGCUGAAUUGCGGUGCAUGUGGCGGCAAGAACUUUAGCAAGCAAUCUCUCUUCAAGACAUUCCCUACCGUUCUGGCUGUCAACGCUCGCCGCUUCGAAAUCGUCAACUGGGUUCCUACUAAGCAGGACGUCCCUGUCAUUGUCGAUGAAGGCUCCAUCGACUUCGAAGCUUACCGCAGCAAAGGUCAGCAGCCUGAUGAAGAGCUUCUUCCGAACGAAGCUGCAGACGCUGGCGCCGCUUCGACUGCUUUCGUGCCCAACGAAGCUGCUCUCAGCAUGCUUGAAGCCAUGGGUUUCCCUCGAGUUAGAUGCGAGAAGGCACUCCACGCUACUGGCAACACAGACGCAGAAACAGCCAGCUUGUGGUUGUUCGAGCACAUGGAAGACCCUGAUAUCGACGAGCCCACGGAUCUUUCAGGAGGUGAUGCCAGUACCGGUGCGAGCAGCGCAGUGGAUCCCGAGAAGAUUGAGAUGCUUGGAAACAUGGGCUUCCAGCCGCCUCAAGCACGCCAGGCAUUGAAGGAGACUAACGGUGAUAUGGAGCGUGCAGUAGAAUGGUUGUUUAACCACCCUGAAGCAACUGGCGACUUUGGAGAUGAACAGCAGGACACUGGCGACAAGGCUGCUACAGAUCCCGAGGCAGCUGUGGAAGAUACCAAGCCUGCCAACUUCAAGCUCCAGUCCAUCGUAUGCCACAAGGGCAGUUCAAUUCACGCUGGUCACUACGUUGCUUUCAUCCGCAAGGAUCCAGGAUGGAUUCUGUUCAACGACGAGAAGGUUGCCCUCGGUGGUGAUGUUGACGAGAUGAAGAAGUUCGCCUAUGUCUACUUUUUCCGCAGAGAAGCUGCUUAG